AUGUUCAACGGGGAUGCGAGCUCCUCCGCCGCCAGGAAUGUCGUCCGCAGCUCCAGCAUCAGCGGCGAGAUGUUCAGCCUCGAGAAGAGCGCGCGGGGCAGCGCCGACUCCGUCAGCAUCAUGGCCAGCAAGAAGCGGCGCUCCAGCCUGGGCGCCAAGAUGGUGGCGAUCGUGGGGCUGUCGCAGUGGAGCAAGAGCACGCUGCAGCUCAACCAGAGCGAGGGCGGCCCCAAAAAGCUGCGCAGCAACAUCCGGCGGAGCACCGAGACCGGCAUCGCGGUGGAGAUGAGGACCAGGGUCACCCGGCAAGGCAGCCGCGAGUCCACCGACGGCAGCACCAACAGCAACAGCUCCGACGGCACGUUCAUCUUCCCCACCACGCGGCUGGGCGCCGAGAGCCAGUUCAGUGACUUCCUCGACGGGCUGGGGCCGGGGCAGCUGGUGGGGCGGCAGACGCUGGCCACCCCCCCGAUGGGCGACGUCCACGUGGGCAUGGCCGACCGCAGCGGGCAGCUGGAGGUGGAGGUGAUCCAGGCGAGGGGACUCAUCCCGAAGAUGGGCUCCAAAUCCAUCCCUGCCACCUACGUGAAGGUCUACCUGCUGGAGAACGGCGUCUGCCUGGCCAAGAAGAAGACCAAGGUGGUGAAGAAGACCUGCGACCCGUCCUACCAGCAGGCCCUGCUCUUCGAGGAGAGCCCCCAGGGCAAAGUCCUGCAGGUGAUCGUGUGGGGUGACUACGGGCGCAUGGACCACAAGUGCUUCAUGGGGAUGGCGCAGAUCGUCUUGGAGGAGCUCGACCUCUCCAGCGCGGUGACGGGCUGGUACAAACUCUUCCCCACCUCCUCCCUGGCUGACUCCAGCAUCGGGCCCCUGGCGCGCCGCCUCUCCCAGUCGUCCCUGGAGAGCUCCACCAGCCCCUCCUGCCCGUAG